CGAGGAAGUAGGGCGCUGCUGGGGACGGAGGAAGGGGAUGGGGUGCCGGAGCUCGCGGCUGGACGCAGAGGACGUGUCCCCUGCCGCCGCGCUCUGCCGGGAGCGCCGCGACCUGCUGCGCGUGGCGGCUGAGCGCCGCGCGCAGCUCGCGGCGGCACACGUCGCCUACUUCCACGCGCUACCGCGCGUCGCCGACGCGCUCGCGCGGUUCGCGAGCCACCACCACGCCGCCACGCCGUCGGGGUCGCCCGUGCUCACGCUGCCGCCCUCCGACCCCGACGAGCCCAAGAAGCCGAGCGGCUCCGGCUCCGCCUCCACCACCCCGCACACCGACUCCGGGCACUCCCACAUCCACUUCCACUCCGACGACGCCUCGGACUCCGAUCCCGAUUCCCCCGACACCUGCGCCGCCCCCGGAGGCUGCGGCGGCGGCCACGGCGAGAUCUCUCCGCCGACCCUUAUCUUUCGUUCAGGCGUUCCCCUCUCCGACCACGGCCACGGCGAGCCCCAAGAACGCCAAGUCCAUCAGCCGGGAGCAGACAUGCCGGAGAUGCCGUGGGAGUACGCUUCCGACAACCCCUAUCCUUCGUUCCGAAAUGCCACAUUCCAAGAUGGCACAUUUCCCAGUUACUACUACAUGAAGGCCAGCUCGACGCCGGCGAACACGGUGUACCAAGAACCGUACAGUUACGGCAACUUCGCCACCAAUGCGUCCUACACGGGGUACAACUAUGGAUACAACAACCCAAUGUACGGUGUUCCGGGCCCGCUGGAGGGAGACCGGCCGGUGGAGGGUAAUAGCCGCGAAGCGGCUGCUCCGGCGCUACCACCGCCAAUGCCAAUGCCGGAGACGUCGCCAUGGGACUUCUUUAACCCGUUCGAUUCCUACGAGCAGGAGCUUCCGCAGUACAAGGGGAAAGGGUACGAUUCCAAUGGCUCCUUCACGAGCAGCCCCAACUCGAGUGAGUUGAGGGCAAGGGAGGGGAUCCCGGAGCUCGAGGAGGAGACGGAGCUGGAGUCGAUGAGGGAGUCGGUGAAGGCGAGGAAGGCGGUGGAGAGCACUGCAUCGAACCGGAUUGACAAUGUGGAUGUCAGUGCCAAGGCGAAGGUGUCAAUGGAGCACAAGGAGUGCGAGAUUGAGAGUGUGGAUAGUGCUUCCGUUCCUGAGUCGGGGGAGGAGAGCGUGUGUAGUUGUGACCGUGACCAUGACAAUGCUAGAACAGGAAGGCCUGUGCCAGUAGGCGAUGAUCAAGGGAAGGUGAAGAAGGUGAGCUUGGAGGAGCACUCAUCCAUGGUAGUUGGUGAGGAUGUGCGGUCACCGGAGAGCACUGGAACAAGAGAUGUUGCUGAGGUUGUUGAGGAGAUAAAGGAGCAGUUCAACUCGGUGGCUGCCUGCGGAGAGGAUGUCGCAAGGAUCCUUGAGGUGGGGAGGAUGCGGCAUAGAUCACAAAAUAGAAUCUUGAGAUUGAUAUUUUCACGUAUGAUGGGGGCCUUCACCGUGUUGUUUUCGUCCAUAUCUGAGUCACCAGUGAAGAAUGUGGAACAAUCAGCAAUAAGUGCAUCCAAAAGAAACCAGAAUUCAAGUAAAAGAAUCGAUUUUUCCGGCGAUAUUGAACUUAAUACCCUUUCCGCAACAAUGGACAGGUUGUAUGUGUGGGAGAAAAGACUUCAUAAGGAAAUUAUGGAGGAAGAAAGAUUGAGGAUUACAUAUGAUAAAGAAUGGAAGCGCUUGAAAGAGUUGGAUGCUAGUGGGGCAGAGCCGUAUAAGAUUGACACCACUCGGGCCUCAAUUAGGACACUGCUCACCAGAAUCAACAUUGCCAUUAGAUCAGCCAAAGUUAUUUCUAGGCAGAUCCAUAUACUACGAGAUGAUGAGUUGCAUCCACACCUUGUUAAGCUUAUCCAAGGGCUUGUUAGAAUGUGGAAAUUCAUUCUUGAGUGCCAUCGGAAGCAAUUCCAUACCAUACUUGAAACUAAAUCUCAUAUUCUCAUCCCUAAGAAUGGACCUGAAAGAAGCACCUCCAAGGUUACAUUGGAACUAGAAAUGGAACUUUUGAACUGGUGUUCCUGUUUUAGGAAUUGGAUCCUAUCCCAAAAAGCUUAUAUCGAAACCCUCAAUGGCUGGCUAAUCAAAUGGCUUCCUCAGGAAAAGGAGGAAACUCUGGAUGGCAUCGUACCAUUCUCUCCUGGUAAGCUUGGAGCUCCUGCCGUGUUCAUCACAGCUAAUGAUUGGUGUCAAGCCAUGAAAAGGAUAUCAGAAGGUACCGUCGUGGAUACAAUGGAGGCUUUUGCAGUUAAUGUGCAUAUAUUAUGGGAGCGGCAGGACGAAGAGCAGAAGCAGAAACUAAAAGCUGACUAUCUAUCUAGAGAUUUUGCAAAGAGGCUCAAAUCUCUUCAAAAGGAACAUGGCUUGCAAGGGUAUUUUGAAGCUGAUAAGACAGUGUUGCCCAUUGCCGACAAAGGCAGGGCAGUCGAUAACAGCAUGGUUGCUUUGGGUACAUUGCAUAAGAGAUUGGAUGAACAAAGAGCUAGGCACGAGGAAACCGUGAAACAAAUCCGAGAGGCAAGCGCAACUGAUCUGAAAGCAGGUCUGGCUCCAAUAUUUGAAGCAUUGGAAUCGUUUACUCAGGAGACACUGAGAGGCUAUGAAAAUGUAAGGAUUCCAACUGAAAGUGGUGGAGCUUGAUGCCUAAAGUCAACAAUUUUGAUUGAGAAGAACAGAAUGAUCUCUGGAGCAGUGGUAAUAAUCAAGAUCUGUCUUCAAUUUUCCAGCCAUAAUACCGUUGUACUUAGGGUAACGUUGAAUUCAUCCAAUGUGCAAGAAAGGAAGGCACCUAUUCUAGCAUUCAGGUGGAGCUUCCUCAGUAGUCAGUAGCUAGAACUACUUACACAUAAAGAGCUGCUAGGAGCCUAGAACCGAGCCUAGUUGGAGCCCCUCAAAGGAGGGAAGGCAAUUUUGUAGCUAUUUUCGGCUCGUGUACAUACUAGUUAAGUUAGUGAUUUUGCAGAUAUUUAUGUAGAAUUUGAUUUGCACACUGUAAAAGUUGUAUCUAUGCCCUGUUGUUCACCAGAAAAAUGUGUACGGCAUGCAUUUGUUCUGGCCUUCUAUGGUAUUGUCUGCCGAUUGCUGACUGAUACGGCCAUCUUCUUGGCCCCCAUCAAGCAAGAGCUGAAACUAACGGGUCAGAUUUUGGAGCUCUUCGGCCAAGUCACUGGCGUGCGAGCAAA